GAUACAUAAACCAAGAAGAAGCCAAGCUCUGUACCUUAUUUGAACCAUCUUUUGUUCCCUGGGUUGUUUUCAUUAAAUUUGAACUUACCCAUUCUCUAAAAUCUUACCCAUGACAUACGGGAUUGAAUACCGACCAUAUACACUCAACAGUCCAUUUUCGUUUAAUUUCGUCACUUUGUUACUAAAAUGACAGUCAUCUGGGGUCUGGAUCUCCAUGAGAUCCGUUGGAGCAAGUUCGGAAGCUCCAACAUGUUCAACCGCGUCUACCACCUGCGCCGCACAAAGAUGAUCGUCUACCAGAUCGCCAUGAUCUUCUGCGUAUGCUCAGAGGCCGUCGGCACAGCGGCAUUAUCCGACUACCUCGACCAACAAAGCCAAAUCCAAGGCCAACAUCCAGGGGUCAAAGUGCACAACAACGAUUUCAUCGGUGCCGCAUCGUAUAACAUCUGGGCGGGAGUUUCUGUCGCAUGGGUAUUCGGGGGCGCGUUCUUCUUUGAUCUCUUCUGGCCCGAGAGACAUGAAGACCGGGGGAUCCGGUGGGCGUGGAAGCUUUGUGCAGUGGCGGAGUCGAUUAUGAUGUUGGCUUCGGCUCUUGCGAUGACGAUUAUCACGGCCACGCAUAGUGCAGAAAUCACGGGGACAGAUGCUGCUUCUGCAAGGCAGUACUGGGAGGAGUCUAUGAAGAAACCUGCUUUGAGAUAUUACACUAACCCGAAAGCUGUUGCUUCCGUCGUUCUUGCAUGGCCUGGUGUUGUCGGGACUAUUGCUGGUACUAUCAUUCUUUGGUUAUCCCAUAAGCAUGAUGAUGAAUCCGGUCCGAAGUCGAACUAUGGCCGGAGUCUUGAGAACGACGGUUCGGAGACAGAACCGAAACCGGUAUAGAAUAAGAUACCCCAGUAUAGAUCUAAUUGUAUAGACAAUGAUGUCUUUUAUACAACCUGUAUACAUGGAGAAGAUGCCC